AUGGAGAAAGAAAGACAACUUGCAUGUCUGUCACUCCUCUAUGAAGCCGUCAAUGAGACGUGCCGAGCCGGCGCCGAGGCCGCCUACUCUUCUGGAGUCGCGGGCCAAGAGGAGAGCUUGUCGGACACAGAGACGUUUCUGUGCAAGCUUGCUCAGAUCUGCGACUCGCAAAAGGGAGGCGAUACCAUUACAGCUCUGGCCUGCCUCACCGGCCGCGAUGGGCUUGAGUAUAUCAUCUGCUCCAACUCUCGGCAAGACUCGGAGCUGAAUGAAUGCGUCCGAUUUCUGACCAAGCUGCUUAAUUAUGCCAUGACAAACCCUGAUGAGCUGCAGGCCAAGGCUUUGCGCAAACAGGUGCUAUGGCGUAUUCUCAAGUUCAAUAUUGGCCGUGUCAGCCACUAUCUCAAGGCGCUGUUCGAGAUGGUGCAGAGAUGCAUCAACGACUGCUACACGCGUGGAGAGGGAGAUCACUCGCCGGCUUUGGGAUAUCUUCUCGCCAUUGGUGAGCGGUGCACAUUUGAAAUUGACAUGAGCAGCACUGAAAACAGUGAAUCUCUCUUUUUGAGCAGCUGUGAAAACCUCAUCAAUAUUAUUCAAGAUGCCAAAGCCAAAGGAUUAUCGCGCAUUCUAGACACUCGCGCGAACGUACCGAGCAACCGCAACUGGAGCCAGCUACGCCAUCUCUUUGGCCGUCUGCACUCGUACCGGCAGGCCGCCGACACCAUCAUCGCGGCCUCCGUGCGCCGCCCAGAUCUCCUGACCAACUUCACCAUCCAGUUCGUGUCGUCGGCGGCGCCCGCGCGCAGCCUCGUCCCGCGGGGCAUGCGGCUGCGGCAGCUGCUGCGCGACGCGUUCCCCGAGGGCUCCGUCGAGCCCGGCUGCGCCGAGGAUCUCGCCGAGCUCGAGCACCGCGGCCUGCACGAGGUGCUCGCGGCCCUGCAGCACCGGCACCGCACCAAGACGACGGUGCACUGCGAGGUGCUGCUGCACGGCUACCUCCACGACCAGGGCCGCGUGUCGCCGCCGCAGUUUCUCGACGGCGCGUGCUUCAUUGCCACGAGCAAGCCGCCGUGCAAGCUGUGCCACGUCUACUUUUGCGCGACGGCGCUCAACAACAACAAUAACAACGGGCAGCGGCCGUUUCGCGUGCGCGCGCCGCACCUCAACAUGUACGCGCGCUGGCGCCUCCCGGAUAUGGACGCCGCCGACAAUGACGCGGCGGCGGCGGCGGCGUUAGAAGAUCGUAAUGAUGUGCUCGAGGACAUGGUUGAGCAGAUGCAGAGCGAUACGGUGGCGCUUCUGCGCGACAAGAGGGCGACGUGGCGACGAAACGACUCGCGGACGGACACGCACGCAGGGUUUCAGUCGGCGCUGGGGAUGAUGAUGAGCUCGCGCGGCGGCGGAGGGGCGAGCGUGUCCGCCGACGAUGUGACGAGCACGCGCUCGCAGACCGAGGUUGACAUGGCGCCGCCGCGAUAUACGCCUGUUGGUUCGGCAGCACCGUCGAUUGCGGGCAGCUGGGGUUGUCAAUCAGGGUAG